GGUGCAGUUUUGCCGAUCUCUAGGCAUAUUUUUAUUUGGGGUUCUUUCUUUAUUUUAUGUUUUGUUUGUUUUGGUGUGUGUUUUGUGCUUUUUUGCAUAGCGUUGUAGAUAAACCAAGUACUACUACUUCUUUGAGCUUGAGUUCAAACCAAGAAAGCAGAAACACAGCGAGUGUGUAUGUGUGUGGGAGAGACAGAGAGAGAGAGAGAGAGGCUGCAAAACCCAAUAAUGAUGCAAACCCGAGAAGAAAGGUUUGGAAAUUGAGGCAAAUGUCGUCGAUGCCCAGCUCGAGGCAAUCCUCCUCCUCCUCCUCCUCCUCUUCUUCUUCUUCUUCUUCUUCUUCUUCGUUCUUUUUCUUACUCUUCCUCAUUACCCUUCUCUUCACUCCUGCUUGCACAGCAAACCAUGAAGUCUCCAUUCUCUCCUCUUGGCUCCACACCUCUGCUUCACCACCCUCUCCAUCUUUCUCCAACUGGAAUAUACUUGACGCCAAUCCAUGUAAGUGGGCCUUCAUAACAUGCUCUCCCCAAGGUUUUGUCACUGAAAUUAGUAUACAAUAUGUCCAGCUCGAGCUUCCAUUGCCAUCCAAUCUCUCUUCCUUUCGCUCUCUUCGUAAACUUGUCAUAUGUGGGGCCAAUCUCACUGGAACAAUCCCGGCUGAGAUUGGUGAUUGCAAUGGACUUCAAACAAUAGACCUCAGCUCAAACAGUCUUGUUGGUUCUAUCCCUGCAAGCAUAGGAAAGCUCCAAAACCUGGAGGAAUUGAGCUUAAACUCCAACCAACUAACUGGGAAAAUCCCAUUUGAGCUCUGCAGUUGCACUAGGCUAAAAAGCCUCCUGCUUUUCGAUAAUCGGCUAGGCGGGUCAAUACCGCCGGAGAUCGGAAAAUUGUCGAGCCUUGAAGUUCUUCGAGCUGGAGGGAACAAAGACCUUUCUGGGAAAAUCCCAGAUGAGCUUGGAGACUGCAGCAAUUUGACAUUGUUGGGGCUGGCUGACAGCAGAGUUUCAGGCUCUUUACCAGCCUCGUUAGGUAGACUUAGCAAGCUUCAGACAUUGUCAAUAUACACUACAAUGGUCUCUGGUGAAAUCCCUUCUGAUAUAGGUAACUGCUCUGAGCUUGUUAACUUGUUUCUUUAUGAAAAUAGCCUCUCUGGUUCAAUACCGCCAGAGCUUGGUAAGCUUCAAAAACUGGACCAAUUGAUGUUGUGGUCUAAUAGUCUUUCUGGGGUUAUCCCAGAAGAGAUUGGCAAUUGCAGUAGCUUGAGAAUGAUUGAUCUAUCAUUGAAUUCUGUGUCUGGAACAAUACCUAUAACAUUAGGUGGACUGUCGGAGCUUCAAGAGUUUAUGAUUAGUGACAACAAUGUGUCCGGUUCCAUACCAUCAAAUCUUUCCAAUGCUACAAAUCUUUUACAGUUGCAAUUUGACAAAAAUCAGAUCUCAGGUUUGAUCCCACCAGAGCUUGGGAUGUUGUCAAAGCUCACUGUAUUCUUUGCUUGGCAGAACCAACUUGAAGGAAGCAUUCCUUCAACUUUGGGUAGUUGCAGUAACCUCGAAUCACUAGAUUUGUCUCAUAAUUCACUGACUGGUAGCAUUCCUCCUGGCUUGUUUGAGCUCCGAAACCUCACAAAGCUGCUCCUGAUUUCCAAUGAUAUUUCCGGUUCAAUACCACCAGAAAUUGGUAAUUGCAGCUCUCUUGUGAGGCUGCGGCUUGGGAACAACAGGAUUGCUGGUGGGAUUCCUAAGACAGUCGGUGGUCUCAGGAGCUUAAAUUUUCUUGAUCUGUCUGGAAAUCGCCUUUCUGGGUCGGUGCCUGAUGAGAUUGGAAGUUGCAUAGGCUUGCAAAUGAUAGACCUCAGCAACAACACUUUAGAAGGUCCCCUGCCUAAUUCAUUUUCAUCUCUUUCCGGGCUCCAGGUCUUGGAUGCUUCGUCCAAUGGAUUUACGGGUCAUAUUCCAGCAAGCUUGGGUCGUCUUGUUUCAUUAAGCAAGCUCAUUCUAAGCAGGAAUUCGCUCUCUGGCUCGAUUCCUCCAUCUCUUGGACUCUGUUCUAGCCUGCAAUUGCUUGAUCUUAGCAGCAAUGAACUCAUGGGAAGCAUUCCCAUGGAACUGUGUCAGAUUGAAGCUCUUGAAAUCGCUCUCAAUCUCAGUUGCAAUGGACUCACAGGACCAAUUCCAGCUCAAAUAUCUGCACUCAACAAGCUUUCCAUCCUAGACCUUUCUCAUAACAAGCUAGAGGGGGAUUUGAGUCCACUUGCUAGGCUUGAUAAUCUUGUUUUGCUCAAUAUCUCAUACAACAGCUUCAACGGUUUUCUUCCCGACAACAAGCUCUUUCGGCAGCUAUCACCAAUGGAUCUAGCUGGAAACCAAGACCUCUGUUCUUCAAGCCAUGACUCAUGUUUUUUGACUGAUGCUGGCAGGGCAGGACUAAGAAGAAAUGAGAAUAAUGUCAGGCGGUCAUGGAAACUUAAAUUAGCACUUGCUCUGCUGAUCACCGUGACAGUGGCAAUGCUGAUUAUGGGGAUAAUUGCAGUCAUAAGGGCACGAAGAACCAUCAGAGACAACGAUGACUCGGAAUUGGGGGACUUAUGGCCAUGGCAAUUCACUCCAUUCCAGAAACUAAAUUUCUCUGUGGAGCAAAUACUGAGAUGCUUAGUAGAUGCUAAUGUGAUCGGAAAAGGGUGUUCCGGGGUCGUUUAUCGAGCUGAUAUGGACAAUGGUGAAGUGAUUGCAGUGAAGAAACUCUGGCCAUCAACAACUGCUGGAGUCAAUGGAUGUAAUGAUGAUAAAUGUGGAGUUCGUGAUUCCUUCUCAACGGAGGUGAAAACCCUCGGCUCGAUCCGUCAUAAGAACAUUGUUAGGUUCUUGGGGUGUUGCUGGAAUCGAAACACAAGGCUGCUCAUGUACGAUUAUAUGCCUAAUGGAAGCUUGGGAAGUCUACUCCAUGAGAGGACAGGAAAUGCCUUGGAAUGGGAACUUAGGUACCAAAUUUUGUUGGGGGCAGCACAAGGCCUUGCCUAUUUACACCAUGAUUGUGUCCCUCCAAUUGUUCAUAGAGACAUCAAGGCCAAUAACAUCCUCAUCGGUCUUGAAUUUGAGCCUUAUAUUGCUGAUUUUGGCCUGGCCAAGCUUGUUGAGGAUGGAGAUUUUUUGCGGUCUUCGAAUACAGUUGCUGGCUCCUAUGGAUAUAUUGCUCCUGAGUAUGGCUACAUGAUGAAGAUCACAGAGAAGAGCGACGUUUACAGCUAUGGCGUAGUGGUUUUGGAAGUCUUGACAGGAAAGCAACCAAUUGACCCAACAAUACCAGAUGGGAUCCAUGUAGCCGAUUGGGUUAGACAAAAGAGGGGAGGGAUUGAGGUCCUUGAUCCAUGCCUUCUGUCUAGACCAGAAUCAGAAACAGAUGAAAUGAUGCAAGCAUUAGGCAUAGCAUUGUUAUGCGUAAACUCCUCCCCUGAUGAAAGACCAACCAUGAAAGAUGUGGCAGCAAUGCUUAAGGAGAUUAAACAUGAAAGAGAGGAGUACGCAAAGGUGGAUGUGCUCCUCAAGGGAUCUCCAGCAAACAAUGUGCAAGAAAAUAACUCUAAUGGAGUUCCAGCUACUUCAUCAUCAAGAUCUGCAAUGCAAAACUUGCAUCCAAAAAGCAAUAACUCUAGCUUCUCAGCCUCCUCACUACUUUACUCGUCUUCCUCUAGUGCCAAAAUUGGUUUUAAAUGAUGAAUUAAUUAUUUAGUUGUAGCCAAGCAUAAUGGAAGUUUGUCACCUUGUGAGUUUCUUUAGUAUUAAAACUCUUUGUUUCAUCAGUGUAAAGAGGAAAAAAAAUUGAUAUUUAUUAUAACUAAAUGAAGAUAAA